CUUCCCUUUCCUGUGGUUAGAGAACUUCGCUGGAUGUGUAUUCUCCGCAACAAGGAGAAGCUCAGUAUGCUCUCUCCCGACCUGAUCCAGCGGCGGCCUUACUCUACUCUGCUUGUCGUGUUUGCUUGCUGGAAGCUCAUUCUCGGCCUGAUUGCCUUCACAACCCCUUCGCCAGCCUACGACACGUCCACAUCGCUGCUAUUACUCCAAUCGAAUCACGACAACGCUUCGACGUUCGGCGUCCGGUUUUUGAAAACUAUUUGCGGUAGCUUAACCAGAUGGGAUGCUAUAUUCUUCGCGAAGAUUGCAGAACCUGGCAGAGGGUACUGGAAUGAGCAGGAGUGGGCUUUUGGAUGGGGAUACACUCGGGUGAUUGCUGCUACUCGCAGAGUGCUCUGCUCUUUUCUUCCCCUCGAUCAGCUUGCGCAUCCGUAUCCCGAGAUAAUCAGCGCCGUGCUACUCUCGAACGCAUGCCAUAUUGCUUCGGUAUUUGUCCUCUACAAGUUGGCAUUCUUAUUCAGCAAAUCCCCGCAGCGCGCACACGUACUUGCCUGGGUUACUUCGGUCCUUCAUAUCCUAUCACCUGCAGGAUUGUUUUUGUCGGCCCCGUACAGCGAGAGUCUUUUCUCGUUGCUGUCUUUUACCGGUGCCUAUCUCUAUGCGUUGUCAAUGAAGGCUGUGGGCUCGCAACAGCACAUGCGCGGCAACUCGCUCACUCUCUGCAGUGCCAUCGUGUUUGCCGCAGCUUCCACAGUGAGGAGCAACGGCCUACUAAACGGCAUACUGUUCCUAUUCGACUUUGUACCCGCGCUUCUCAGCUUCGACUUGGUUCGUGUCGUGGUUUUGGGCGUCGGUGGAGUGUUGGUGGGUGCGGGAGUGGCACUUCCUCAGUACAUCGCAUGGGGAGAGUACUGUAUUUCCACACCGCCACUCAGACCGUGGUGCACGAAGCUCGUCCCCAGCAUAUACACCUAUGUCCAAGAUGUCUACUGGAAUGUAGGCCUCUUCAGAUAUUGGACACUUUCCAAUCUUCCUCUGUUCGUCCUUGCAGCGCCCACGCUGCUUAUACUUUUUGCCUCGGGGAACUGGGUUUUACGUCAAAGUAAGCGCAACACAGACAUAGUGUUUCGGCUUGCUAUCUCUCAGCUCAUUCUUGCCGGAAUGGCGAUUUUCUCCUACCACGUGCAGGUCAUCACCAGACUCAGCAGCGGUAGUGCAGUGUGGUACUGGUGGGUCGCAGUCAAGUUCAUUGGCGAGGGUGACACCAUGAUGCGAAGUUCACGAUCGACGGAGUAUCGCACACUGGGGUGGAUCCUGCGGUGGAUGGUCAUGUACGGACUCAUCCAGGGCGUGCUAUUUGCGGCGUUCCUGCCCCCCGCGUAGUACUGUACUGCCGCACUUUGUGGCGGUUUGAUAGAUAGACAAGUACGCAUCUACAUAUGUAUCUAUAUCAGCAUUCAUCAAGCCGAAACAGAGCACAGCUACGCGUGCCAUAACUACAUG